CUCGCCGUUGAGGCCCCCUCGAGCUCCACUGCCGCGGUAGCCCCGGACCCAGGCGGCUGACCAACUCCCCGGACGGCAGGAUACGGGCUCGUGAGGAAGACGUUCCGAACGGCUGCACGGACCUCCGGCUUCCCUUGACACGUCCGAAGACGUUCGGACAGCGGGGGUUGCCUCCACGCCCCGUGGUCGCCAUGGGAUCGACAGCCUCCAAACCCGAACCCCAAUAGUCCACACCCUUAGAGUGCCUGCUGGCUAACCUGCGGACCCUAAGACUAAAGGGAUACAUCCGCCCCAAGCAGCUCACUUUUCUGUGUUCACAGGCCUGGCCUCAGUAUUCCCUAGAUAAUGGCUCACAAUGGCCAGCCACAGGGACAUUAGACUUUGACGUCCUCCGUGAUUUAGAUAAUUACUGCCGGAGAACGGGAAAAUGGUCUGAAGUCCCCUAUGUUCAGGCCUUUUGGGCGUUCCGCUCUCGCCCCACCCUGUGCACCACGUGCGCUCCUAGCCAAAUCCUACUCACCAUGGCCCCCCCGACUCCACCCUCCCGGGCCAAGCCAACUCCUCCCGUCUCUGAGUCCUCUGCUUUCUCUGUUCCCCCAGAAGAUCUGGUGGCCCCCCCUCCCUAUACCUCUCCCACGGCCCCCACCCCUUCCUCUCCAGUUCCUGCCCCCUCCUCCCCCACUUCGGCUCCUCUGAGUCCAGCAGCCUCCUCCCCCACUUCGGCUCCUCUGAGUCCAGCAGCUCCUUCCCCCACCUCUGCCCCUGUAACUGCCCCGACAACACCUCCCCACACUUCCUCAGUUGAUACACAACCGACUGAAACUAUACACCCCCCUCCUACUCCCAUUCUCUAUCCUCCAUUACCGACCCUGACACCCUCCCCAUCACCAGUUAGCUCACACACACGGUCCCACGGACAGUCAUCCCGAAAUUCUUUUCCCUGUGCCCCGGCUCCCCUACUCCCUCUGAGACAGGUAGCCGGAGUCGAGGGCUUGGCACAGGUCCACGUCCCUUUCUCCCUUCACGACCUGUCUCAAAUCGAGGCCAAGCUUGGGUCAUUCUCAUCCAACCCUACCCAUUACAUCAAACAGUUCACCCAACUGACCCGCUCAUAUGCCUUAACCUGGAAAAAUAUCUAUGUAGUCUUAGGUUCCACUACUACCCUAGAAGAGCGACAAGCCAUCUGGACGGCUGCUAGAGCCCAGGCUGACCAGAGACACUUUGCUAAUCCCUCCCCCGAACACCCCCCAGGGGCCGAGGCAGUCCCAGACACAGACCCUGACUGGGACUAUCAAGAGACUGGGGGAGGUGAACUCAGGAUCAGAUAUAUGGUAGAGUGCCUCCUAGAUGGCAUGGAAGCCACUUCUAAUAAAGUGGUCAACUUCCUCAAGCUGGAUGAGAUCACCCAGGGCCCUGACGAAAACCCCGCUAUGUUCUUGAAUAGGCUGACAGAGGCCCUCACCCAAUAUACCAGAUUGGCCCCAGACUCCCCAGCUGGAGCAGUCACCCUGGCCAGUUGUUUUAUCUCUCAAUCCGCCCCCGACAUCCGAAAAAAACUAGCCAAGGCCAACGAAGGCCCUCAGACUCCCAUAAGAGACCUGGUAAAAAUGGCCUUUAAAGUUUACAAUGCCCGGGAAGAGACUGCAGAAGCUAACCGUAAAGCCAGACUAAAACAAAAGGCUAAACUCCAAGCUAGCCUUCUCAACCAACACACCCAGGCUCUGGUAGCAGCCCUGCGGCCGGCAACGGGCUCGGGCCCACAAAAACCCCCACCGGGGGCCUGCUUCAAAUGUGGCAAAGAGGGACACUGGGCCAAAACGUGUCCUAACCAGAGACCACCCACAAAGCCCUGCCCAAAGUGCAGGCAACACGGACACUGGGCAAGUGACUGUCCCUCGGCCUCUUGGGCCCUGACCCUAGGGGGUAAGGGACCAGAGCGACCUAAGGUGACUCCGAGCCCAGACCCCACACUACAACUGCUGACCUUUGAUGAAGACUGAAGCCGCCCAGACUCGGGAACCCCAAUAACCCAAGCCGAGCCCAGGGUAAUGCUCCAGGUAGCAGGUAAGUCGAUCGACUUCUUGGUUGACACGGGGGCUACCUAUUCGGUCCUUCCCUCUUUCGGAGGCACCUUACAUCCUUCCCGGGUCUCAGUAAUGGGAAUUGGCGGCCAGUCAUCACGGCCCCUAGAGACCAAGCCCUUAAACUGUCAACUAGACAACUGCCUAUUCACCCACUCCUUUCUAGUUAUUCCUUCCUGUCCAACCCCUCUACUAGGGAGAGACAUUUUAACAAAACUCAAGGCCACUGAGUUUUGUUAAACUUCACCUGACAAACUUCACCAACAAACUUCACCUCACCCCAGGGCCUUCUCCUUCCACAGGCAGG